GUUGAGAACCUGACAAGGAAUGUGGGAGAGGCUCACUUGAAGGAGAUCUUCGAGUCUUUCGGCAAGAUCAAGACCUCCAGCCUCGAUUUCAGCGAGCGGUCCAACCUGCCCACCGGGACAGGUUUCGUGGAGUAUGAGAAGCGCGAGGAGGCGGAGGAGGCAAUCGCGGCCAUGGAUGGCUCUCAGAUCGAUGGGAACGUGGUCUCGGUGCGCUUC